AUGUCGAACUCAGUUUGUAUACGUCUAAAUGAAAUUCAUAUUGAAUCGAUAUUAAAUGAUCAUGAUACAUUCUUGUUUGAUUGUGAUGGCGUUCUCUGGUGUUCACCAAACAUUCUUCCAGGUGCUAUUGAAUUACUUAAUUGUUUAACAAAAUUAGGUAAACGAGUAUUUUUUGUGACGAAUAAUUCAUUAAAAACUCAAAGAGGAUUUUCUCAAUGGCUCAAUGAAAUCGGCUAUCAAGCUAAACCUGAACAAAUCAUUUGUACAGCAUGGAUUACUGCUCAAUAUCUUAAGUCAAUUAAUUUUAAAGGUCAUUGUUAUUGCAUUGGAAUGCAAUCAAUGGUAGAAGAAUUAGGACGAGAAGGUUUUCAUAUAUCAGAUGGUAUUGGACCUGAUCCUGUUCCACCCGAAGCAGAUUGGAUCGAAACAAAUACGAUCAAAUUUGAUGAUAAUAUUAAUUGUGUCAUAUCUGCAUUUGAUAUUCAUAUCAACUAUCUGAAAAUAAUCAAAGCAGCUACGUAUCUUAGUCGACCUAAUGUGUUAUUUUUAGCUACCAAUGAUGAUGUCACAACUCCACAAACUGAUAUAGCCAUUUUACCUGGAGAAGGUACGAUUUUAGCUUCAAUUGUGGCAGCAUCAGGUCGUUCUCCAACAAUAUUGGGCAAACCUCGAGCUCCAAUGUUUGAAUCGAUUCGUUUGGCUUUUCCUGAUGUCAAACCUAAUCGAAGUAUUAUGGUUGGUGAUAGAUUGGAAACAGAUAUUUUAUUUGGUAAUCGUCAAGGUUUGACAAGUCUACUCGUAUUCAGUGGAGCAACAAGUGAGAAAAAAUUGGAUACAAUCAAACAAGCAGUUGGAAAAAAUACUGCGGACAAAGAUCUUUUACCAAAAUUUUGUAUCAAAGAUGUCAAUCAUUUAUUACAAUUGAUUCAAUCUCGUGAAAAAACUUAUUCCUAA